UGUCUCUAACCGCAGACCGUUGCUGUAAAUAUACUUACGUUUUCACUGGAGUGUAAAUGCGAGCUGUAAGGAAAACAAACCAAAAAUACAAGCGGAUAUUACGGUGCUUUAAUUUUUCUAGUCACCACUCCUACGACUGCUAGCGUCAUUUUGAUCGCCGUGCUGUCUAUUCGCCAGUCUACCUGUCAUAACAACAAUCACAUCACACCUGAAGAAUCUGCAUUUACAUUAAAAUAGGUGUUUGUGUUGAAGGUGCGAGUAACUGGUUACCCAUAAUCAAAGCCUUCCUUUCGGCGGGGAACGGAAAAUGAGAAUGCCUUGACUGAGGCUGUUGUAAUAUUUCAUAUCUGAUGUUUUGGGUUUGGCGUGUAAUAAUAUUUCGAGCGUGCUUGUGAGAGAGCGGAGGUGGGGGCCCUGCCCCUUUCAACAGGGGGAAUAUAACAGAGAAGUGCCCGAUUGACUGUGACCAGUGGGUUUCUUCUUGCGCCCUGAUAGUAUUACACAACCCGGUGUUUUUAGAGGACGCCUCGUUCUCCUACUGAAGUACAAUCACAGAACAAACCAGACAACAAGGUCAGAGAUUAAGAAGUGGGAUUCGACUGGAAAAGCGGCUUUAACGGGCUAGUAGAAGUGAUCACGCCUUACCCUGUGUGUGUGAAGUACCGAGUCCUCGGGAAUACAUCACACUGAGAGAUACUGUAAUCGCCGUUCACAAAACCCGCAAGUGUCUUUGUUGUGGAGCCUGCGUGUUUGUUUGUUUUUAACCUGUGUGCUGUACAAGCACUGACCCAGUCUGGCCUAGAGAGAAGAGGCAAGCUUUAUUAAAUCUUCCCACGUCGUUGUUCUGUUUGAGAGGCCUGCUGCAGCAGUGAACCGGGUAUCCCACACCUCCUCGGUGAAGCUGAACGGGUCCGAAGAAGAAUAAAGCCUUUCUGGAAGACAUUUUCUGAUGUCGGACUUCCUCUGAAACGAUUUCAGAUAUGAUGCCGAUGAUAUUAACCGUGUACCUAAGCAACAAUGAGCAGGUAUUAACAGAGGUUCCCAUAACGCCAGAAACAUCUUGUCGUGAUGUGGUUGAAUUCUGCAAGGAGCCGGGAGAAACAGGCUGCCAUUUAGCAGAGGUGUGGCGAGGAAAUGAGCGAGCGAUACCUGUCGAUCACAUGAUGUACGAACAUCUGCAGAAAUGGGGCCCUCGGAGGCAAGAAGUGACGUUUUUUCUGCGUCAUGAGGAGUCUCCAGCAGAGAGCAGUGAGCAGGGUGGCCAACAAGCGCAAGAUCAACUGAACAGAAGAAACGGAGUUAACAUGCCUGCAGACAAGCACUGUGAAAACGGGGUUGGGAGUCCUCGUGCUGAGCUCACUCUUUCAGAGCUACAGGAAAUGGCCACAAGACAACAGCAGCAGAUUGAGGCUCAGCAGCAGAUGCUCGUUGCUAAGGAACAACGUCUUCGAUACUUGAAACAGCAGGAGCGGCGGCAGCAGCAGUCCAUUUCAGAGAGCGAGAAGCUGCAGAAGCUGAAAGAAAGAGUAGAAAACCAAGAGGCCAAACUGAAGAAGAUCAGAGCGAUGAGAGGACAAGUGGAUUAUAGCAAAGUCAUGAAUGGCAAUCUCUCAGCAGAAGUGGAGCACAUUCACGCCAUGUUUCAGGAGAAGCAGCUCGAGCUGCAGUCGGCCGUGCUGAAGGUGGACCAGCUGAGCCAGCAGCUGGAGGACCUCAGGAAAGGGAAGCUGAGCGGAUUCCAGUCCUUCAGUGGGCAGGUGACGGGGGCCGCAGCACUGGAGCUGAAGAAACUGUACCAGGAGCUGCAGAUCCGCAACAAGCUGAACCAGGAGCAGAAUAGCAAGCUUCAGCACCAGAAGGAGGUUCUGAACAAGCGCAACAUGGAAGUGUCCAUGAUGGACAAGCGUGUCAACGAGCUGAGGGACCGGCUCUACAAGAAAAAAGCUGAGGCACGUCAAAAAGAAAACAUCCCUUUAAAUCGGAUUAACGGGAUCCCCUCUCCUCAGCCAGUCCCUGCUCAUUCAGGCAGAGUGGCGGCUGUAGGGCCUUAUAUCCAAGUCCCUACUCCUGGCAGACCCGAGGGGAGCUAUCACAUUCCAGGAGACCCGGUCAAGCCACAGUCCCUCACUGUCUCGGGCAGCACUAGCCAUGCCAGAUCAAAGUCAGAGACAGACGGUCGAUGUUUGAAAAAAUCUCCAGGUACCUGGAAGGUUUCUGAUUUAGACAUCAUAGUGGAUCCUGUCUUGUCAACUCCCACUGCAUCUCUGCAGUCUCCAGAGCACAGAUACACCCACUUGGCAUCCUCUUCUGUGUCUGACACACUGUCCUCUAAUGAUGCAAACUGGCCCACCCUUAACAAGCAGGGGUACCCCUCCACGAUGAAAGGAUCACACGUUGACUGGAAGGAGUCCAGUAUGGACACAGCUCUCAAAGCUGGGCAGAGUCAGCCUGUACCCAGCACACAAGCCAGCGAGAAGGGUAUAGAUCCUGGAAAGGUGCCACCAUAUGUGCCUAACGUACCUAAACAGCUGCAACAGAAUUAUGGGACCUACCCCAGUCCUGUCCUAACGGGGGCCGGUUCUACAAGCUCUCUGGAAAGAAGAAAGGACAGCAGUCUGCCAAGACCCGGCUCGAACCCACCCAACUGGCAAAGACCCAGCCCUCCGGUACCGUCUGCGACCGUCUACCAGCCCGGGUCCGGGUCUUUGCCUGGGUCUUCUCAGCAGAUUCAGCACAGAAUCUCUGUGCCACCGAGCCCCUCCUACCAGCCAGGCAGCUCACCCGUGUUCCCACCCGGGGACAACAGACCUGAUCCCCCGCUAGCUGUGGCGGUCAGACCUUUCCUUACAGACAAGGGCUCCCGGCCUCAGUCUCCGAGGAAAGGUCCCCAGACUGUCAAUUCCAGCUCUAUAUACUCCAUGUACCUUCAGCAAGCUACGCCACCAAAGAGCCAUCAGCAGAACAUCUACAGCACCUUAAGCAAAGUACCAGCAGUCAAAGCAGUUUAUGGAAAACCAGUGUUGGCACCCAGUUCGGCCCCCCCAUCGCCAUUGCCUUUCCUUCAAGGGCUGCCCUACCCCUCAUCUCAGCCUCUGUCUCAGGAGGACGGUGCUGACCAGGAGAUUGAGCUGGAGAACCUGCCCCCUCCUCCCCCCAGAGAGGGGAACCCCAGCGUGGACAACAUCCACCGGCCGCUCAGCCCCACCAAGCUCACCCCCAUCGUGCACUCCCCCCUGCGCUACCAGAGCGAUGCCGACCUGGAGUUCCUGCGCAAGAAGCUGGCCAAUGCCCCGCGGCCCCUGAAGAAGCGCAGCUCCAUCACGGAGCCCGAGGGACCCAGCGGGCCCAACAUCCAGAAGCUGCUCUACCAGCGCUUCAACACACUGGCGGGGGGCAUGGAGAGCACCGGCACCCCCUUCUACCAGCCCACCAACCCGUCCGACUAUAUGGGAGGGGUGCUAGCUGACGUGGACAAUGGGAACCUGCCAGAGUCGACCGCCGUCACCCUGCCGCCCCCCAGCCAGCUCCCUUCCCCCUCCCCAGAGCUACAGCUCCCCUCCUCAGAUGCCAACGACAACGAGCUGCCUUCACCUCCCACGGAAGAGCUGACCACCGACGAGGCCAACCAGCCCGCCGGUACCACCGAGGAUAGUAACAACAACCCCGCCACAGUCCCCGAGCAGCUGCCCAGCCCUAUCCCGGAGGUCAGCUCUCCGGAGGAGGCUGAUGUCGUUCCUCUUCCCCCUGGACCCCUGCCACAGCCCCCUGUAAAGCGCACCAAUUUAAAGAGGCCCAAUUCUGAGCGCACUGGCCACGGACUGAGGGUGAAGUUCAAUCCCCUGGCUCUUCUCCUUGAUGCUUCCUUGGAAGGGGAAUUCGACUUGGUGCAAAGAAUUAUCUAUGAGGUUGAAAACCCCAGCACCCCCAAUGAUGAAGGUAUAACUCCACUACACAAUGCAGUGUGUGCGGGUCAUCAUCACAUUGUGAAAUUCCUGCUAGAUUUUGGAGUAAAUGUCAAUGCUGCUGACAGCGAUGGAUGGACGCCAUUGCACUGUGCUGCUUCUUGUAACAGUGUUCAUCUCUGCAAACUGCUGGUGGAGUCUGGAGCAGCCAUUUUUGCUUCGACUAUUAGUGAUGUGGAAACGGCUGCAGACAAGUGUGAGGAGAUGGAGGAGGGCUACAUCCAGUGCUCUCAGUUCCUCUAUGGAGUACAGGAAAAGCUGGGCGUGAUGAACAAAGGCACAGUGUACGCGCUGUGGCAAUACGAAGCCCAGAACAAUGACGAGCUCUCUUUCCGGGAAGGAGAUGCCAUCACCAUUCUGAGGCGCAAAGAUGACAGUGAGACCGAGUGGUGGUGGGGGCGCCUCAGUGACAAGGAAGGCUAUGUCCCUCGCAAUCUGUUAGGGCUGUACCCAAGAAUAAAGCAGAGACAGCGUUCCCUGGCAUAAAAUCCAAGUAGUGUCAUAAAUGACUGUAAUUGUCAUUGAAAUAACUGGAAUUGUAAAGAGUACACACUGGAGACAUUCUCUUCAAGAAACAGCUCGCCAGGAAACAAAAUAGCUGCUGUUCUCCUGACCAUGGGCAGUGUUUUAAAACAAAUCACUAUGAAUCACACAGAACUUCAGUACAGAUUUUGUUUUAAAUGCUAAAGUUUCUGGCAAGUGUAUGUAGCUCGCUCUCACGCUCUCUCUCUCUCUCUAUAAAAAUAAAUAAAUAAACUUAAUUUCUGUUCAGUUGAAGCAGUGCUUCAGCAUUGGGCAUGCCAAAUGUUGAAGAGCUGUUUGUUCUGCUGCAUUAAAUGUCUGCCUGGUUUCAGUGCUGUUUUACUGCAACCCCAAAAUGACAGAAUUCUGCUUUUAAAUACUGCCCAGAUUCUCUCAAAGGAACACAGAGACUGCCCUGAUUGGGGUCAAGGAAACAAGACUGUGCAGGUGAAGUUGAGGGCUUUUGUGACUUAGGAAAGAGGGGUAAGGUAGUCUUAACACAGUUUCAGUGUAAAGCAAAGCAAGCACGUUAAACACAGCUCAUUAUUCUCAAAAUGUAAUGUUCUGAAGCCAAGUACUUUGGAGGAUCGACUUGCUAAUGCAAGAUGGAGUCUUUCUUAUCUCUGGGUAAGCUACAGCAAAGGCAGGAAAGAAUGAAUCUAUGCAUGUUUGAUUGGGUGACCUUGAGGAUGGUAGAAAGUUGGUGAGUGAUUGGAAUUUGUAUUAAAGCUAGAUUUAAAAAAAAAAAAAAAAUAUAUAUAUAUAUUAUAUAUAUAUAUAUAUAUAUAUAUAUAUAUAUAUAUAUAUAUAUAUAUAUAUAAAAAGAAUAUGAAGAGGAAUAAUUUUCUUCGCUAGACAUGAAGUUUGGGUGCUGUUUAUUUAUUGGGAGGACUGGGUCCUCUGAAGAGAAGGUGGUGUCAGAGGGAAGAAUGAGAAUGUAGAAUGGUUUCUACAGAGGUCAGUCCCUGUGUUCCCUAGUAAUAUCAGUGUCAGGAGAUUGAUACAAUAACUAUUUAACAGGUUUGUGCAAGAGAAUAGAGCACUUCAAUACAUAGCAAAUUAUUCAUGCUUUUAUAUAAGACUGUUUCAUGGAUAUUUUCCAUAUGAGCUAUACAAAUGCAUUUUACAGAUUUAUGUGUUAUGUAACAGCCUCUGACUUGCUUUUUCAUGUUUUAAAGUCUUGUGUAAUUUUUACCCAUUCAGAGCAGUGCUGUAAACAGCUUAGCCACUGUGGAGUAUAAAUGUAAAUAUUGUGACGAGUAUCAGAAGUGAAGAGGUGUUUGACAGUGGAUCUGCUAUAUGAAUAUGUAACUGAACUGCAGUUUCUGUAGUAUAGUAUACAGAUACACUACUUAAGCAACAUGUAAUGUAAACGUGCACAAUAAAGCAAUGCCGUGGCAUGAA